GGGCGGGUGGGCUGGAGGCGGUUGCCGCGUUGGAGCCACGGGCGGUCAGAGUUUGGCCUUGUGGAGCAUGACUGGUAAGCCGUUCAGUUCUGCGCUGUGCUGACAGGACCCUUCAAAGGAAGCGCCAUGGCCACGGCAGCGGCAGCUUCUCACCUGAACCUGGACGCCCUCCGGGAAGUGCUGGAAUGCCCCAUCUGCAUGGAGUCCUUCACGGAGGAGCAGCUGCGGCCCAAGCUCCUGCACUGCGGCCACACCAUCUGCCGCCAGUGCCUGGAGAAGCUGCUGGCCAGCAGCAUCAACGGCGUCCGCUGCCCCUUCUGCAGCAAGAUCACCCGCAUCACCAGCCUCACGCAGCUGACCGACAACCUGACCGUGCUGAAGAUCAUCGACACGGCCGGGCUCAGCGAGGCCGUGGGGCUGCUGCUGUGCCGGGGCUGCGGGCGGCGGCUGCCCCGGCAGUUCUGCCGGACCUGCGGCGUGGUGCUGUGUGAGCCCUGCCGGGAGGCUGACCACCAGCCCCCCGGCCACUGCACGCUCCCCGUGAAGGAGGCUGCUGAGGAGCGGCGCCGGGAGUUUGGGGAGAAGUUGGCCCACCUGCGGGAACUGGUCGGGGAGCUGCAGCGGCGGAAGGUGGCCUUGGAGGGUGUGUCCAAGGACCUGCAGGCCAGGUACAAAGCCGUCCUGCAGGAGUACGGGCACGAGGAGCGCAGGGUCCAGGAGGAGCUGGCUCGCUCCCGCAAGUUCUUCACGGGCUCGCUGGCCGAGGCCGAGAAGUGCAACAGUCAAGCGCUGGAGGAGCAGAGCUACCUGCUCAACAUCGCCGAGGUGCAGGCUGUGUCUCGCUGUGACUACUUCCUGGCCAAGAUCAAGCAGGCAGACGUGGCGCUGCUGGAGGAGACGGCGGACGAGGAGGAGCCGGAGCUCACUGCCAGCCUGCCCCGCGAGCUCACCCUGCAAGACGUGGAGCUCCUCAAGGUCGGCCACGUGGGCCCCCUCCAAAUCGGGCAGGCUGUUAAGAAGCCCCGGACAGUCAACAUGGAAGAUUCCUGGGCCAUGGAGGCUGCAGCCUCUGCGGCCUCCACUUCCGUUACCUUUCGAGAGAUGGACAUGAGCCCCGAGGAGGCGGUGGCCAGCCCCAGGGCCUCGCCUGCGAAGCAGAGGGGUUCCGAGACAGGUGCCGGCAUCCAGCAGUGUCUCUUUCUCAAGAAGAUGGGUGCCAAGGGCAGCACCCCGGGCAUGUUCAACCUUCCCGUCAGCCUCUACGCGACCAGUCAAGGGGAGGUGCUGGUCGCUGACCGCGGCAACUACCGAAUCCAAGUCUUUACCCGCAAAGGCUUUCUGAAGGAGAUCCGCCGCAGCCCCAGCGGCAUUGAUAGCUUCGUGCUGAGCUUCCUGGGGGCUGAUCUGCCCAACCUCACCCCCCUCUCAGUGGCCAUGAACUGCCACGGGCUGAUUGGUGUGACUGACAGCUACGACAACUCCUUCAAGGUGUACACCCUGGAGGGCCACUGUGUGGCGUGUCACAGGAGCCAGCUGAGCAAACCCUGGGGCAUCACCGCCCUCCCGUCCGGCCAGUUCGUGGUGACUGAUGUGGAAGGUGGGAAGCUCUGGUGCUUCACCGUGGAGCGAGAAGCGGGGGUGGUCAAGUACAGCUGCCUCUGCAGUGCCGUACGCCCCAAAUUUGUCACCUGUGAUGCCGAGGGCACCGUCUACUUCACCCAGGGCUUGGGCCUCAAUUUGGAGAAUCGGCAGAAUGAGCACCACCUGGAGGGUGGCUUCUCCAUCGGCUCUGUGGGCUCCGAUGGGCAGCUGGGCCGCCAGAUCAGCCACUUCUUCUCGGAGAACGAGGACUUCCGCUGCAUUGCUGGCAUGUGCGUGGAUGCCCGUGGUGACCUCAUCGUGGCUGACAGUAGUCGCAAGGAAAUUCUCCACUUUCCCAAGGGUGGGGGCUAUAGUGUGCUCAUUCGAGAGGGGCUCACCUGUCCCGUGGGCAUCGCCCUCACUCCUAAGGGGCAGCUGCUGGUCUUGGACUGUUGGGAUCAUUGCAUCAAGAUUUACAGCUACCACCUGAGAAGAUAUUCCACCCCUUAGGGAGAAGUAGAAGUUUCCUCUGUACCCCGGCCAGCUUCCCCUUCCCUUAGUCCUUGGUUAUUGGUGGUACUGCAGAGUAGACCUGCCCUGUGUCCCCGUUCCAGCUAGCUAGUCCUAGAAUUUUAGAAGCUGCUUUAGUUUUUAUUUGCAUUAUUCCCCCCCACACACAUUUAGAGCUUUAUCAGUUGCAUUGCCUCACAUAAGACCCAUGCUGGGGUUAGCUGAAGUUUGAUGAGAACUUAGGCACUUGCGAAGCUUCAGUAGAGCCUUUUGCCCUGUAUUUGAAGUCUGCCCUUGUAUUGAAAGCGAUACCCUUGUCCAUUUUCCUGACUCUUGGCUUUGAAGACCUGGGCCGUGAUUUCCCUCCUGUUGUAGUGUGUUUCCUCUGUGACACUUCCUCUUCAGCUCUGCUGCCCUCAGUGUGGGUGCUCCAGUGGGGUCGGCCCCAUCUUUCAGUGACAUUCUGGACCUCGUAUCCUGUGGCGUGACAUCUCAGGUCUGACCACCUUGACCAGCGUGAGAGCUCAUCAUUCAGUGUCACCAAGGGAGAUACACCGUCCCUCUGGGAAUCAGCACCUCUCUGCUCCGGGGGCUUCGUGCCAUCUCUGAUUGGUCUCUACUUGUGGAUGUGACAGAGAAUGGAUUGACCCUAAUUGGUUGAUGUUGAAGACUUGAGCCUGGAUGUUGCUUGCCUUUUAAAGGAGCCUAUGGAUUGGAAUUAUGCCAAAGCACAGGAAGAUGGUAAUAAACAUAUGCUGAUGUAGUCACUGUUGGAUGGUCUCUGGAGCUCAUUUUUCAUCCUACCUCUGUCCACUGACCUGUGCUGAGAGCUGUCUGUGAACUUGGACUGUACAACACAGGCCAGCGCCAACCGCGUGGGGAGGGGGAUGCAUCUCAUUUCAUUAGUGAAACAAAAUUGUUGGGUCCUUAUUCUGUAUUUCCCUCAAGUGAGGUUAAAAUACUUGUUUUUGGGGUUUCUUUUCAUUCCUCUAUCAAGCAUUAAAUAAUUGAUAACUGUU